CAAUAAAACUCGUACUCUCUAACCAUGAAUGACAAACCAAAAGAAGUAAAGAGAAAGCAUGGCCACUUCCAUCAAUUGCUGCCUCAACAUGCCUACCCAAACUCCUCCAAAUACUCUUCUUGCUCCGUUAUGUCCACCAAAGGUCACUCCAAAUCCAAGUUUGUGGAGGAAUAGAUGUUUUUCGAGUGUCGCCUCUAUCAUCAUUAGUUCUUCAUUAGCUCUUCCAAUGGGUGAAAGCUACAAUUAUACUGUCGAACGCUUUUUAAUAGAAACACAAGGGAAGGCGAUGAGAUGGAGCGACAGAAGGAUGUGCCCACAAUGGCGUGCAAAUUUGUUGGAAAACGUUGUGCCCGAAAACCUUCCUCGACGUUCCAACAAUCGGCGGAGAUUGGAAGCCAUGGCCGCUUAUCGGACCGAUCAGGCAGUUGGGGUUUUAACAGAAGAUGCAAACAGAUGUUUCUUUCUUUAAAUGAUGUGUUAUUAGUAGAAAUUGGUGCACUGUUUAGGCUGUAUUAUAUACAUGGAUUUGGAACUUGUAAAAAUUAAUGUGGUGGCUCUUAAGAAAUUUUAUUUGGUUGGCUUA